GAAAAAGAGGAAUAGAAAGCAACUUCUUAUGGCCCAAUGGCAUGUCUCGCUUGGCCCUUGAUGUGAACUUCAUGUUCCUCCACUCCCUCCCUUCUCCUAUUCCUUUCACCUCCACCUUCAACCCCCCUAAUUUAUUGCCUUAUUUAGCAAAAGAAAGUUUAAUCUGCAUCGAUCAAAACGAGAUGUCGAGCGAAAGAGGGAAGGAUGUAGCAGAAGGAUCAUCAAGGAUUCCCGGUGAUCAUCAGCAACAACCUGCAACACCUAGCCGUUAUGAGUCACAAAAGAGAAGGGACUGGAAUACGUUUGGGCAGUACUUGAAGAACCAGAGGCCCCCAGUUCCUCUUUCACAGUGCAAUUGCAACCAUGUGCUAGACUUCCUUCGAUAUCUGGAUCAGUUUGGCAAGACCAAGGUUCACCUGCAGGGAUGCAUGUUCUACGGACAACCCGAGCCGCCUGCUCCUUGCACUUGCCCGCUCAGGCAAGCUUGGGGCAGCCUUGAUGCCCUUAUCGGGAGGCUCAGAGCUGCCUACGAAGAGAAUGGAGGGUCACCUGAGACCAAUCCUUUCGCUAGCGGCGCUAUUCGAGUUUAUCUCAGAGAGGUCAGGGAGUGUCAAGCCAAGGCAAGGGGGAUCCCUUAUAAGAAGAAAAAGAAGAAGCCGAAUCAAGGCAAGGGAACUGAUGAAUCCAGCUCCACCAUGCAGUUCUCUUAGAUUCAUUUGGCUUCUUCUGGCGUACUAUUUAUGGAUUACAUGACAAAAGAAUCAAAUGGAAGGGGAUUGUUAAAAGAUAAAAUCAAUUGAAGAUUCAGCUCAGUUUGGGGUUUUCAGCAUUUUGUACUUGCCAAUAGCUAUAAUUAAAGGGAGUUGGGUGUACAUAACUCUCUUCGCGUGCUGGUUAAGAGUCUCCAUUUUGUUUGUGUUAUGGUUAUUUUUGUAAGCUCUUAGUAGAUGAUCACCAACUCUUUACAUGAAUAUGUCCAUUUUAUGCCUAAACUUCCUAUUCCAAAUAUUCAUAAUAAUGAUCAUAUCAUAAUAUAUAUUCUCUGUCCCUUAAUAUGCA